AUGGUUAACGAGAAAGAAGAUAAAAAAGAAGUUAUAAGUGAAGAACAAAACAUGUUUCGGAUGAGAAAAUCUCAAGAUAUGAAUGAAGUCACCACUUGUUUGCCGCCAACUUAUGCCAGACAACCACCAGAUGGACGAGAGAUAACAUUGAAUUGCAUUGACUUGCAGUCAAGCAAUGUAUUUAACGGUAAAAUUAGUUCACUUUCGUGCGAAAUGUAUACCUCUGUGUCAGUACACGAGGAUUCGGGUGUUUUCAUAGACACAGACACUCCGAGUCCCGAAUUGGACUUCAAUACUACACACCCGCGAGGAAUGGUGUCCAGCGUUGCCGUCACUCAAAUCAAAUACAAGUUGAAUGGAGAUUCCGAUGGAGACACUGGCGUCACAUCCCAGUCAUCCGAUUCGAUGGAUGAGUUGGAUUCGUGUCCAUCGCCUAACUAUAAACCCAAGCGACAGAUAUUGGAUAAAAGUCGAAAUCCUUCGUCUGAUUUCCUGUCGGAAACGGCACCGAAUGGAGUGACCAAUAAUAAUGAUGUAAACAAUUCACACAAAUCUUCUGAGCUAUCAAAGAGUGUGAAGCAAAAGAUCGCAAUGUUUGACAUUCAAAGCAGUGAUAACUCAGAAGAUAUUAUCGAUGAAUGCUAUGCAGCGAAAGAAAGCCUUAAAGAGUUACCCAAAAGCACUACAACACCGAUAAAUGAAUACCUAAUAAGUGAUCGUUCGCCGAAUGGGUAUCAGUUAUCAACUCCUAAUGGCAAACAUGAAUUAAAGUCUGAAAGGGUUUUCACAUCUGAUGUCUCCGACAAACAAUACAAAGAGAGGAGUAUUGAAUCGCAAAACUCAUCGUCUCUAUCGCUUACAUCAGAUCAAAGCCAUCCAAAUGCAAGUGCCGUCCAAUAUAGCGGUCAUUUGCAACCAUCAUAUCUUAGAUAUUCUAGUUUGGGAUCUUCUAAUGAUAACCUUCACACAAAUACUGGCUAUUCAGGGAUCGGAGUUCACAAACCAUUACUUAACGGCAAUCUUUUGUCAUCAAUUCUGGAAACGAGAAAACAAAACGCGUCUAAACUUAAAGGUCUAAUCAUUCCCGACGUUCCGACAGCGACACAGCCGGCGGUCAGCAAAACAUUGCCCACAAUAUUCAGCAAUACGUCCACCAGUUCUUUGCUUUUGACGGCUAAACCAGAAGAAGUGAGCGCUUUGACAGCGAGAACUCUAAGCCAAUCGCAAAGUCAGACAAAUAUUUCAUCAAACUUUGCGACUUUACGACAACCACUCCUAUCUGAGCCCUGGGCCGCAGAAAACGGCUCGAUUCCCAAGUAUUCGCCGGCAUUCAAGCGCCGACAGCUGGAACUGCCCCGCAGUUUGUCUUUGCUAAACAAUGCCAAUCCUGUGUCUCAAGACAAUGUGGACUCGUUUAGCGACUCGUGGAAUCGCUCCAAUUCCAUGACAACAAUGGCUGCAUCUGAUCCACAAUUUCAGUUUUCUCUGUCUCACAGCAAACCAGUCAUACCAUUAAUGCCAGAAACAGCGGUCGGUUCGCCAAACAUGGAUGGCGUCAGUAAUGCAACCAAUACUAAGCCAUCACUCGAGGAACAGUUGGCGCUUAGCUUUAAUGACUCGUACAGACAUUCGUCGAUUCAACGCCGAUAUUCAGCCGAUUAUUCAUUGGAGAAGAGAUCGUCGACCGACUCAUCAAUGAAUAGUAUAUACAAAAGCACUUUAAAUGCGAUGACAACCGAUAGAAAUGCCAUUCAAAAUAACAAAACAUAUAAUUCAAUGAAUUAUUUGGAUAUUAAGACAAAUCCUAUUAUCAACGAAAAGAAAAAUAUCUUAAAUAAUGGAUCGGAUAAUGAAUACGCGAUCCAUAAAAAUUUUGACAGCAAUUGUCAAAACGCAAAGAAUUUCGCGAAUUGUGAUUAUAGUGACGACGACUCGUCGACUAUAAGCCACAAGACAUCGGAAGGCUCUUCCGUAAGGGCUGACGAUUCGGCGUCGGAUACGGCAUCCGAUUCGUUGGAUCAGACGUUUGGUUCAGAGCUGUCGAGACCUAAAGUGUUGGGAACACAACUCACUGUUUUGAAGAACACAAACGAUGGCGAAAAUGUUUGCGUCAAAAACGACAAUAACUCGGAUUCCGUUAAGAAUUUCAGAGCACUCGCAGAGAAAUGGGAACAAAGAAGUGGUUUAGAGGGUGUCGUCAACAACACUAAGAACAUCGCACCACCGCUUCCUCCCAAACCAAACCCCGCGUUGUCUCGCAUUCCUCCCUCUCUUAUGCCCAGAACUAAGAAAUCAGUUCCCACUCCAGAGCCUCCAACUCUGGUAGAACUUCCAAAGCCUAUCGUUGAGCCGAUUGUCACUCCAAUCACUCCAAACGUGUUGAAGGAAAUCAAACAAAUGGAGACAACGCUUAAAGAGAUUGAACUGAAUUUAAACACCGAUUUUGAAUCUCCAAAAGCAACUCUUGGUAUUAACACCAGAUCUGAUUCACUUUCAUCGGACGGCAAUUCAUCAGAUAAUUCGUCCAAAACAUCGGUCGCAUCCAUGUCUCGAAGUGUGAGCGAUAUCUGCAAAGUGUUUGAAAUCAGUGGAACCGAUAAUUCUUCAAUUAAAUCAAACAGAAGUAAUUCAAAUUCAAGUCUCAAUUCAAUCAAAACCAUUAUAAAUAACGACAACAAAACCAUACCUGACAUAGAGAUCGAAGCAGAAAAAGUGGACACAACUGACGAAAAAGAGAUUCAGUUGAAUGAAGAGAAGGAAUUCAAUCAAAUCAAUACUGAAAACGAUAAAACAAACCCAAAAAUAUGUGAAGAAAAACUGUUGGUUUGGGAUAAGAGUCGAGUGAACGAAGACACGGGAAUCAAUAAUCACCAGCGAAUGUCUUCAAUGGAUUCGUUGGCCAGUGAUUCGGGUGCCAGCAGUUCGGGUACAGCCGUGCGAUCGCUGGGCCCGCGAACGAGUUCGGCCACUAAUUUGCGGGAUUCCCUCUACGGCUCGGUCUCAUCCCUGGCCUCCUCUACGAGUAUUAUAUCUCCGCAAGAAUUACAGCAACUGAUCGAUGAGGCGAACCAAUCGUUGGAAUCCAAUGAUAUCAAUAGCCAUAACAUUCAAGUCGUUGUCCUUCACCGCGAAUACAAGUCCAGCGGAAGUAUUGGCAUUACUCUUGCGGGCGGUUCCGACUGCGAGACCAAAGAAAUAACCGUCCACAGAGUUAUUAACGGGAGUCUCACUGAUAGGGACGGAAGGAUACGAAAAGGCGAUCGCAUUCUCUCAAUCAAUGGCAAAAUAUUGAAAGGAGUGACACAUAAAGAGGCGUUGGAUAUAAUGAAAGCGCCGCGACCUGAAGUGGUGAUAGUGUUGUCCCGGAUUAACACCACAAACAUAUCACCAGAGAAUGGAUUCCAUUCACGACAGAGUAGUUCCGAUUUGAACGACACGACGAAUGGACACUCGUUUCACAGUCUUAACGAAGAUAUCAUAUCAUCGACUCAUUUGUCUACAAUUAAAGACAUGGAAACUAAUUUGGACACCAAUUAUAAGAUACUUCGCGCAGAGCUCCAGAAAGACGUGGCGGGACUCGGAUUCAUAUUAGAGGGCGGAAAGGACUCACCACUCGGAGGUCCGGCAGACAAAGAGGGGACACUGGCUUCUGGUGAUGAAGUGCUUACAGUGAACGAUCAUUUAGUGAAUAAUAUGACCAGAACUGAAGCGUGGAAUUUUCUCAAGAAGUUACCCGAAGGACACGUGGUUUUGAUGGUGAAAAGGAAAAAGUAUUAA